GGCAAUAAUAAAAUAAUAAUAAAAAAAGAAAAAAAAAGAAAGAUUGAUGCUUUGGUGUGGUGCUCCUUCUUUGCAGCUUCCUCACCCUACUGAGUUCUGACCAAACCCUCAGCCCAAUCAAAGUCCAGGCCAGGAAUCUCUACCUUUGAACUCAAGAUUUGAGAGCAGGACUUUGGUUUUGGUCAAGAUUUAUCAUCUCAGGUGUUUGGCUGAGAUUUCAUGAGGAGAGGCCCCCCAAUUCUCUUUUAGUGAAAAAUGGGUGAAGCUCUGGUUGCUAGGUAUUGGUGUCACAUGUGCUCACAGAUGGUGAGCCCUGUAAUGGAAGUGGAGAUGAAGUGCCCUUUCUGUGACAGUGGAUUUGUGGAGGAAGUUGAAGGAAGAGGAGAUUUUGAUUCUGCAGAGAUGGUUUCUGAUAGAUCUAUUUCACUCUUGGCUCCUCUCUUGCUUGGCAUGAUGGGGGUCGGUGGCCCUUCGCGUCGUCAUAGGCCUAUGAGGGAUGGUGGUGAUGAUGAUGAUUCUGAUCAAGAUCGAAACUUGACGUCGUUGCUGCGAAGGAGGCGGAGGAGGAGCUCCGCUAUAUUUAGGCUUAUUCAAGACCUUGAGGAUAGAAUUCAAGCUGAUCCUGAUAGUAUGGAUGGGGAAAGGGAGAGGGAAAGAGAUCGAGAUCGAGAGAGUUUGAUCUUGAUUGAUAAUUUCAACCGCGCCUUAAUUCUGCAAGGAUCAUUUGAUAAUCAUGGACAAGGUCAAGAUUCCGAUGGUGGUGGUGGUGGUUUUGGUGCGUCGUUAGGUGAUUAUUUUCUUGGCCCUGGUUUGGAUCUCUUGUUGCAGCAUUUGGCGGAGAAUGAUCCUAAUAGGUACGGGACACCGCCGGCGAAGAAGGAGGCAGUGGAAGCAUUGCCUACUGUGAAAAUUCAGGAGAAUACAAGCUGUUCGGUUUGCUUGGAGGACUUGGAAAUCGGCGCUGAGGUUAGAGAGAUGCCUUGCAAGCAUUCAUUUCAUAAUGGGUGUCUGGUGCCAUGGCUUGAGCUCCAUAGUUCAUGCCCUGUCUGCCGAUUUCAGCUUCCUUCCGAUGAACCUAAGGAUUCAAGUACUCCCGGUGGUAAUGGUCGAGAUGGUGAUAGAGGAAGUGAAAAUAGGAAUUUGAGUUCCAAUGAAUGGGAUGCGCUGUUUCCAUUUUGGGAGAAUAGUGGUUCAAAUUCUGCAUACAAUCCAUCGUCUUCCUCGUCCGGUGGUAAUGCUGAUGAGAAUUGAGUGAUGAAAUCAUCGGCGAGCUUCAUGUGUUACAUCUUGUAUAUAUUUUUUCAUUCUAUGGGUUUGAAUCUUUCAAGUAAACUUUGAAUUCUACUCUCCUUGGGUUUAUUUGUUUUUUUCUUUUUCCUUGAGUGUUCUCUUGUUAUUAUGUUUGUAUUUUGAUGCGUCAAAAGUAGUUUUAUGGUACAAGAUGUGGUGUUUUCGGUACUUGUGUUUGUAAGCAUUUCUUGGAGAGAAUGUAUGUGGAAUACAAAGAGGUUUGGAAUGUGGAAAA